AGUAAACAAACCAGAUUGAGGUCCAUCGCCGGUACCUACACAUUCCGUGACCUCCACUCGCUUAUUGCUUGACACAGAACCUCGCUUUUAACACAUUUCUUUACUUUUUAAUGCAAAUAUAAAGUAGAGAUAGUGAAUAAGUUGCAGGUUAUUACUACAGAAGGAUAUUUAGCAGCAGGAUAUAGAGAAGUUCUGAAGGGAGAAUAUUACUAUGGUUUCCAAGCUGCAGUGUUUUGUGGCACUCACCUUUGGCUUGGUUGCUGUUCUGUAUCAAAUCGACACUGACACAGAGACAUGGGAGGCAAAGCAGACGGCAACAAUUUAUGCAACCCCAGAGCAGAUGGAAAGGUUCCUCCUCAAUCCAGAUACAGUCGAGAAGUGGUUCCAGUGGGUCUCUAUAUUCAAAGCAGCUGACAGCCGGCCAGUUGGGGUUGGGAAGAAGUACCAAGCAAUAUAUAAUCUACCUCUUUUUGGUGAAUAUGUAAUGCUUAUGCGUGUGAUUGAAUAUAAGCCAAAAAGAAUGCUGAUUUUAGAAUCGGAGUCCCUUCUUAAGCCUAGGUUUUCUGUCUCUCUACAAGAAGACACUCCGAAAUCAAGCCGUCUCACAUUUAAGCUGAGGUACAAGCGAUCCUCUGCCCUCUUCCAGUGGACUGUUGGGCCAUUCCUGUGGUUCCUCACUGGCCAACAGCUUCAACAUUCCCUCUUCAUGCUAAGAAUGAUGUUCCCUUUCUGACGUUUAGAGAAAUCGGCGCAGACCCCAGUCAUUGCAACCAUCCAGCUUUCCUCAUCUGUGUGAAUUAGAGGGUCCAUUGAGGGAACAGUGCUUAUUGAAUAAGGAAUUAUUUAUUUCACUUGAUAUUUUCCUUUGCUUUCUUUUUUUUUUAAUUCCACUGUUCCCCCAGUCAUUUAUUUUGCCAGUUACAGCAAUGUAAGAGUUUACUUAAAAAAGGAAAAGUUUUAUAAACUGGAGAUUUUUAGUUUUCUGUUUCCUUACUAAAGAUUUGCUUUUCUUUUGUAAGGUCAAUUUUAGCUUUACCGUCAAAGAGGUCCAUUCCAUUUUAGUUUACAAAUACAUACAUUAUGUAAACAGGUAAAAGUCUCCAUGAUUCAUGUCAUGUAAAGCGUGAUUAUUUUACAGUAAGUCUUGCGCCGUUACAGUGCUGUCUUUCUAGGUUGAUUUAUGAAAGACAAAGAUUUUAAAAGUAUUUUCAGACAUUUUGAAAAGACAGUAAGUAAAAUAAGGGAUAAGCCCAGAGUAGCCAUAAUGUAUUUUGAACAUGCAUAUAGUUUGUGUAAAAUGUUUGAGGAGAUGAGAGUAGAAAUAAACCAAGUUUUAGAUUUCUUGUAGGUAGCCAUGCACACAGUAGUAUUAAGUAUUUAUCCUAACACUAGGAAUCCUUGUGCCUUAUGCUAGUCUGCCAUAUAUUCCAAAGGAGAAGUUUUUCUUUUUUUCAUAUAUUUUGUUUGGGGAGGGACUGGGGAUGUUCCAAUGAAGUUUGGCAUUUAGAGGUAGUGUUUGUUGAAAAAAAGGGAAGUAGGUGUUUUACACAAGAUUUCAGAUAUGCAUUAAAUGUAUAUUGUGUAUGGAUAUGAGUUUACUUAUAUUUUUAAAUGAUUAUUUUUAAAUUGUCUUUAUUAUCUUUGUAAGUAUUUUCAGUAAUACUGUUAUCAUUAUUAUUAUUAUUAUUUGUAUUAUCAUUGCUAUUAUCAUUGUCGUCAGUAUCAUUAUAAGAAUUAUCAUUCCUAGUGCUGAUUUUAAGAAAUUUACUGUAUCAUGAUCCAGUGAAUAAUAUGUCAUUGGCCCCAAGCCUUACUCUGUAGUAAGGUGCAACAUGUAUAUUCUAAGGUUAUUUCAGGUUACAUGUAUCAGAGGAGAUUGAGGUACAGGGUUUAGUGGUCACAUAACUUUUACAUAUAUGUUGAAACACGUGCUAUGGAAAUGAGGAAAGAAAUUUAAAAGAACUUUCAGAAUUUGAGUAUUCAGAAAUUUGUUGUUGAUGUUUGUCAGGUGAUUUGUGAGUGAAGUAGAAAACUAAUAUUAAGGUCCCUACGUGAUAGUGGAUGUUGUGGGUGUUUUGAGGUUCUGUAGGAUUUGUAUAAUUGUGGACUGUAAAUUUGAAGUUAGAUAUUGUCAGAAACUGGGAACAAAAUGUAUGAAAAAAUAGGCCAUUAGUUCCAAUAGCAUUUUUGUAGGGGUGGCAUUGGGAAACAGCAUUGAUAAUGGGAAAUUAUGAAGUCAACCACUUACAAUUUUGGUGAAUGGCAUGUAUGUCGUACUUUUCUGAAAAAGAGGAAAGGAAAAAGAAGAAAAAAAGCAUUGAUGCCUUUUUUAUUUCAUACAUGUCUAUAUCAAAGCCACACACAUUAACUGUUGGUAUAUAUAUGGCAUGAAAACAUAUGUGCUGGUUGCCUGCACAUAACCAGAACUUGCAUGUUUACAGGCGGCCCCGGAAUUUAGGUCUUUUGGCAUUUUAGUGAAACUGGAAACUUUGAGUUAAUUAUUGUAGGAGAACAGAUGUUAUGAUAUUCUGUAAACUUGAGAAAGUCCAUCAGAAACAAGACAAAAUAGAUUUUUCCCUAUUAAGGCUUGUAUAUAUUCUGUGUAUCCCUUGUUUGCCUUAAAACCAUUUUAUGUGGGAAUGGCCUUUCUACUUAAUAUACUGUGUAUUUACAGAACUACAAACAAAACUAUGCAGGGCAGAUAAAGCAUGACUCGGUAAUUUUUUGUUUCUUUUCUUAGAAAGGUGAUUUUUUGUACCAGUGUUUCAGCAAAGAUAUUUUCUUACAGAAUUUCAUUAUUUUGUUUAUUCAAUUUAAGCCAGAGUUUACUCAUAAUUAGAAAAGACAGUUUAUGGAGAACAAGAAACUUCCCUAGCUAAACCAUCAUAUUUUAAGAGUUAUUAACUUUAUGUCUAUUGCUUUAGAAGACAAAAUUUGUGCAGACUAGUUAUAGAAUUAUGAAUGUUAAGAAAGGUACAAAAAUGAUGUUACAGAUCACAGAGAUUAAGAUAUCAUCUUAUCGAAUAGUAUUAAAAAAUGUGAUGUAUUGAGUGUCUGUACUUGUGUAAAAAUGAAUGAUAGUAUAUCAUGUAUUUAGUUUGAAAAAGUAAACUACAAUUUUAUAUACUUGUAUUUUUAGCUUUUGGGUUUAUUAAUGAGGUUUGGUGUCAUGUUUAAAAAAGAAAGGAAAAAAAAAUACAUUACUGAUUCUUAAUUUGCUGAAUGUUAUUGGAUGAUUAAAUAUAAGUUUCCACUGUGUUGUAACAAUUUGAGUGAUUAUUUAAAUAUGCUUUCCUCAUUAACAUCUUGAUUUUAGGCAUAUAAUAUGUGAAAGCCAAAAACAUUACCUUGGGGAAAAAAUGAGAAUCUGGCAGUGUACUCAUCAGUAAGUCUAGAUAAAUCUUACUGCUGGUUAAUUAAAUGCUUUUGCAAUCUGGAACAGAGUCAGACUUCUUACACGACCCCAAGGUAAAGGCAUUCAUUUACUAAGCAUUACAUAUUUUUGGGUGUGUGUGUGGAAGAGUGCAACACAACUUUGACAAAAAUGUUUCAUGAGCAAUAUAUAUUUCUUUUCUGUAAUCAUUCAUCACAGAUUACCAUAUGUAAUAAUGGAUUUACUGAAUAAAAAGGUAUUGUGAUACU